AUGAACAGAGGAAGGGCAUCGGCCCGGGGCACCCGGAGAGGCGCUGCUGCCGCGGGUUCACGAGCAACCGACGAGAGCAGCGCUGGCCCUUCCACUACUCAAGCAAAUUCAGGCAGUGCUACUCCGGCUCCCCAGAGCACAUCCUCCACACCUACUCGAGGCGGCACUACCGCCCGGGCAACAAGGGCACCCGCGGCCGGUCGCUUCCGACCCAAGAAUGUUCGUCGAGAUGAGGCAGAAAGAGAUACUUUGGCCCGCCAAGAAGAACAAAAGGCCAGUGAGAGAGCGGCAGAUGAGCGUAAAGCUCGUGGUCGCUCACGGUUCAGAAGCAAGAGGAGCCGUGGUGAUGCCAUGGGUAGAGGUGGUUUCGGUCGAGUGAUUUCAGGAGCCAGUGGUCCUUUCUCUUCCGGUGCAGGAGCUAUAGGAUCUGGUGGUCGAGGAGGUGGUGGUUGGUUUGGUGGUGGAGGCGGAGGUGGUGCUGGUGGUGGGCGAGGUUUCAAAUCAGACUCGAAAACUGGCUUUGCUCAGGCGACACGGAAUCGCGAGGCUCGAAUCAACGCGGAUAAACUCCAUAUUCACACCCCCGAUGAGGAUCUCGACAGCGAGGACGAGGCCAUGAUGGAGGCGCUCAACUCGAGGGCUGUCAGUGUAUUGCCUAUGGGUAUAUAUCGACGAGAGCAUAAGGAUGAAGGCAUCAUUGUGGCCACCACAGCAGAACUGGAAGCCGCUGAAAAUGCCCAAGCCGUUCCUCCUCCACAAUCUAAGGAAGUGGAGGAGAGCCUUUGGGUGGAUGGUGAAGCAGGCGAACUCCCGCCAAUGGGCGAGAACAGAGAGGAUGGAGGCAUUUGGGACAACGACUCAAAGCCCACUGUUGUCAAGAAAGAGCAGGACGAGUCCAUGGACUUGGACCUCGAAAACAAGGUGGAUAUUGAGACGGAGAGCAAAGACACUUCUACGACACCAGUGCCACAAACCAAGAAACCAGCACAAGAAACGGAAGAAGCCAUGAUCCGAUCAGAUCUAGAGAUUCUUGCUAAUGAACUGGGCGCAGUCGAAAUUUCCGACAGCGCAGAGGGAGAGGGGGCGAAAACUCAAGGUCCCAGCAACAAGGACGGCCGCAUGUACUUAUUCCAAUUCCCUCCUGUUCUACCUCCCCUAAAACAAAUCGCCCAACCAAAGUCCAACAAGAUCAAGUCUGAACCUACCGAGGGUGAAGACAAUGUUCUCGAAUCAACGCCAGCUGCAGCCGACGCUUCUCCCGUCGAUCUCACCAACGACACGAACACUGGCUUCAACAUCCCUGGCUUCGAAGAUCCAGAACAAAAGGCUGGUUUCAUGUCCAGUCUGCUGUCCUCAGGCGGCAUGGUGGGUCAGCUCAAGGUGCGCAAAUCAGGCCGUGUAGAGAUGGACUGGGGUGGCAGCACAAUGGAGCUGAGCCCUGCUGUUGGCAUGAACUUCUUGACAACAGCCGUUAUCGUUGAGGAAAACGAUGAAAAGCCCCGGCCAGGUGUUGUUGGAGGAGAGAGUAUUGGCAUGGGCAAAAUCAUGGGUCGUUUCGUCCUUGCGCCUAAGUGGGAUGAGGAGGAGGAAUGGGAGGUCUCAUCCGAGGACCUUAGAAUAUAG